CGUUUCCAUGUGUUUGAUGGCGGCUGCCAUCUUAUAGAGUCUCUUGGCCUGAAAUCAAACGAUCACCUCAAAAAUCCAACAAUUCUGCACUGUUUUCCUCCAAAAACACCUCGAGUACCUACUCCAAGGCUUCUGCUCCAGCACUGAUUCAAUUUUGAGAGUAUUUCGAGGUGUUUAGGGUGUUUUAACAGCGAUAAUUCCCGUACCAACUGGAACUGAGUACAGAUAUUCGAGGGGUGGUCUCGUUAUAAAGUAACACCCGACAACCAAAAUGCCGGCCGUUAAAGGCGAAGGGAUGCGAGGACUAGCGGUCUUUAUCUCCGACAUACGUAACUGUAAAUCGAAGGAAGCUGAGAUAAAGCGAAUCAACAAAGAACUCGCAAAUAUCAGGAAUAAAUUCAAAGGUGAUAAAACGCUGGAUGGAUACCAGAAGAAAAAAUACGUCUGUAAAUUACUCUUUAUCUUCCUCCUUGGACAUGAUAUUGAUUUUGGUCAUAUGGAAGCCGUGAAUUUGUUAUCAUCCAACAAGUACACCGAAAAACAAAUUGGAUACCUUUUCAUAUCAGUUCUCGUCAGUGCUAACAGUGAAUUGAUCAAACUGAUUGUCCAAAACAUCAAGAAUGACCUGUCAAGCCGCAACUCCAUCUUUGUGUGCCUAGCGCUGCAGUGUAUUGCGAACAUCGGCAAUCAAGAAAUGGUUGAUCACCUUGGUAUCGAGAUUCCCAAACUGUUGGUUUCUCCAGAUACCACUGAUAAUGUGAAGCAGUGUGCUGCAUUGUGUGUGUUGAAGCUGUUUAGGUUGAAGCAGAGUAUUCUACCACCAGGGGAAUGGACUUCAAGGAUUGUACAGUUAUUGAAUGAUAAGCACUUGGGAGUAGUGACAUCUGCAUCCAGCCUUAUUCAUGGUUUGGUCUACCACUACCCUGAUGAAUACAAGGGAUGCAUCCAGCUUGCAGUAUCAAGGCUGAGUAGGAUUGUUACCUCAUCAUACACAGAUCUUCAGGAUUAUACUUACUACUUUGUUCCAGCCCCAUGGCUUUGCAUCAAGCUGCUAAAGUUGCUGCAGAGUUACCCACCACCAGAUGACCCUGCUAUUGCAGCAAGGCUUCAUGAAUGUCUGGAAACAAUUCUCAAUAAGGCUCAGGAGCCUCCUAAAUCCAAGAAGGUGCAACAUUCCAAUGCUAGGAAUGCCGUAUUGUUCGAAGCCAUCAACCUUAUCAUCCACAUGGACAGCGAACAAAGUUUACUCAUAAGAGGAUGCAACCAACUUGGGCAGUUCUUGACGCACAGAGAGACAAACUUGAGAUAUCUUGCUCUAGAAGGUCUUUGUCUGAUGUCUAACAGUGAGUUCUCUGUCGAUGCUGUGAGAAAACAUCAAGAAACAGUCAUGGGUGCUUUGAAGACUGAAAGGGAUGUUAGUGUGCGUCAAAGAGCUGUGGAUCUGCUGUAUGCAAUGUGUGAUAAAAACAAUGCAGAAGAGAUUGUUUCCGAGAUGCUUGACUAUUUAGAGACAGCUGAUUACUCCAUCAAGGAAGAAAUGGUCUUAAAAGUAGCAAUCCUAGCCGAGAAAUAUGCCACCAAUUACACUUGGUAUGUCGACACCAUCUUGACGUUAAUAAGGAUCGCAGGAGAUUAUGUCAGCGAAGAGGUUUGGUACAGGGUUAUUCAGAUUGUCAUCAACAGAGAUGAUAUCCAAGGUUAUGCUGCAAAAACUGUCUUUGAGGCUUUGCAAUCUCCUGCCUGUCAUGAAAACAUGGUCAAGGUUGGUGGAUAUAUCUUGGGAGAAUUUGGAAACUUAAUCGCUGGUGACCCACGGUCAAGCCCAAUGGUUCAGUUCCAGCUUCUUCAUAGCAAGUUUCCUUUGUGUCACAAAUCAACAAGAGGGCUGCUCUUGUCAACGUAUAUCAAGUUUAUCAAUCUUUUCCCUGAAAUCAAGGGCUACAUUCAAGAGAUCCUGAAAAGCGAUUCAAACCUUCGCAAUGCAGAUACUGAGAUACAACAGAGAGCUUUGGAAUACUUGAGGCUAAGCACUGUAGCCUCACCAGAUGUAUUGGCCACAGUUUUGGAAGAAAUGCCCCCUUUCCCUGAGAGGGAGUCAUCGAUCCUUGCCAAACUCAAGAAGAAGAAACCAAAUAGUGUUAAAGAAAAAGAUGAAAAACCAGAGGCUGAAAAACCAACCUCAAAUGGUGAAGUUUCUACUGUUGAAAAACCACAGGUUGCUCCCAUCCAGAACGCUGCACCUCAACCAGAUUUAAUGGCCAUAAGUUCACCAGGUGCUGUCCCUAAUGCAGCACCGUCAGGUGGUGGGUUGUUGGUUGAUGUGUUUGAGACACCUGCAGCAAGUACUAUUAGUGGAAGCUCUCCUGCGGUAACUCCUGGUGCAGAAGAAAUGCUUAAAAAAUUUGUAUGUAAGAAUACUGGAAUUCUUUUUGAAAAUGAUAUAAUCCAAAUUGGAGUCAAAUCUGAAUUCAAAGAUGUUUUAGGUCGAAUUGGUUUGUUUUAUGGUAACAAGACGUCUUCACAGUUUACAAACUUUUCUACAUCAAUACACAUGCCGGGAGAUCUUAGUACUCGUCUCCAAGUCGACAUUAAGCCUCCUCCACCAGCGGUGGAUGGCGGAGCCCAGGUCCAACACUUCAUCACUGUAGAAUGUCUUCAAGAUUUUUACCAGUGCCCGAUCUUAAAUAUGCAAUUUUGUGUUAGUGGAAUGGUGCAAAGUCUUAAUCUCAAGAUUCCAGUAUUCCUGUCCAAGUUCUGUACUUCUGCAGAGAUGAAUUCGCAAGAUUUCUUCACUCGCUGGAAGCAUCUUAGCAAUCCCCAACAAGAAAGCCAAAAAAUAUUCCAGGCCAAAUAUCCUAUGGAUAAUGCUGCUAUCACUACUAAGUUGACAGGGUUUGGCAUUGCCAUCCAGAACAACGUUGACCCCAACCCAGAAAACUUCAUUUGUGCUGGAAUAAUAAAAGUUAAGGUAGCACAGAUUGGAUGUUUAUUACGACUGGAGCCGAAUCGACAAGCACAGAUGUAUCGCCUUACGAUACGUGCAUCAAGACCUGAAGUGGCUCCUCACCUGACCGAACUCCUCACUGACCUUUUCUAAACAACGCACUUAAUCUAUAAUUGAGAAACAAUCCGACAGAAAGCAGUAUUUUUGUUUUUAGUGGGUUAUAGAAACCAUGGAUCCCAAAUGGUCUGUAUUCAUCAUUCUAUGUUGGUGUAACAUUGCUAGAAUUCUUUACUUAAUGCUAGUAAUCCAACAUGGCUAAGGUUUCCGAUCCUAAGGUUCCUUAGAAAAAGAAUGGAGACAUGCAUGAAAUAUAGAUGUAUUGAUCUUAGGGAUCCUUGAGUAUGCAAGUUACAUGUAAGUAGCUUAUGUUUGUAAGCUGUGAAUAAACAAACGACUGAAACAGGAAAAAUUCCUUUAGAGCUUAUGAUUAAAGCAACUUUAAGCUGUGUUCCUUAAAAGCCUAGAGCUUAGAAGCAAGUAUAUCUUGUCCUGUUACGAACAAGAUAGAAAUACUGAAUUUCCUUGCUCUUUUUUAAGGAACUAAUUCAGGAAAAGACUAACAACAAUUGGAAAAGCAUGACUAGAAAGUUUGAGCUGUUUAGGGAUACAGCAUAAUUGUAACAAUUUGGCACCCCUGCGCCCCUUACUCAAUAUCUUCAGUAUUGAUUCUACAUGUAGUGAAUAGUUGAAUGGUAAAAUAUUUUUACGUGAUUUGAGUGAUGCAUCCUGGACAUAUCAAGGUUUAUACUUCCAAUAUGUUAAUGAGUGUAGUAACAUCAUAAAUGGAAUUUGUGUAUAUUUUUCAUCAUUUAUAAAUUGAAUGAGAAAAGAAAAUUUACAAUAACUUUUCUAUAAACUCUUAGUAAGACAAUGAUGUUUUAUACAGUCACUGUCAGGAUGUUUCACUGACCUAGAAAAGGUUUGUAUAUUUAGUAAUGCCUCCUAUAACAUCACACUCAUUCACAUAUUGGAAGUAUAAACCUUGAUAUCUUUAAGAUGCUUCACACAAGUACACAUCAAAUAUUUUACCAUCCAACUAUUCACUUCAUGUAGAACCAACACUGAAAAUAUUGAGUUAGGGGUGAGUUGCACUUUAAAGGCAUCAAGUGCAGAGCGUUGCAAUGAGCCAGUGAGAGGAGAGGGUUGCUUCUAAGUACCCACUUUCUAAACCAAUAAAAUCAGGUCUUUUGUUAGGCCAACUGUUUUGACCACACCCCUAAGUAUUCAAAGUGUUCAAAUUGUGUAUUAAUGAUCAGAAUUGAUCAACUAUCAUUUGCAAAUAUUAAGGCCAAAAGGUGCAAUGAUCAAUGAUUUUCCUAACUUUUUACGUUUACUGUUUUGAUAGCUAUCUCUACUAUUAGAUUUAUAAAUUCUUGUGUUUCAUCUUAUUAUUUGUCAGACUGUACUUCUGAGACAUGAAUACGAUAGAUAGUCUUCUUAAUAUGCCAAAAAAUAAAAGUUCUGCAUUGGUACUGUCCUAAGGCUCAAAAGUAUCUCAAGUUUUUUAAAAUGUUUUUGGUGGAAUAAGUGAUGUGCUCUUUAUACUUUGGACUCUAUAAUUAUAACGUUACAUUUUUAGUUCAAAGUAUCCAUUGUCAUAUAUUCUCAUUAAGGUGGUUUUGUAAUGAUUAAUUUGAAAUUUUUGUUACGUAUUGUGUAGUUUUUAGGAUAAUCAUAAUAAAGCUGAAAAUAGAUUGUAUUAUUCUUAGAAAUGUCAAAAAUAAAUAUCACAGUAAGGUUGUA